UGUUGCUAUGAAAUACUAUGAUGGCGGCAAAAUGAUAGUAUUUCUUGUCUUUUUAUAAGAAUGUGUGGAUAUUACUAUUAAUAUUAUGUUUCAUUUUUUUUCGAUUUUAAAUAAAUAUUUAAAAUGGCUAUGGUAAAACAGUAUGAUGUUAAAGAAACGCAUACACGAUCAAUUACUGCAGUUGGCCAUAAUCCGAUCAGACGUGAAAUCUUUCUAGGUUUUGAAGAUGGUGUUAUCAAGUCUUAUGAAGCUGAAAGUGGUAAACCAGUACAGACAUUUUAUAAACACAAAGGAUGGGUGACAGACUUCUUUUUUUGGAAUGAUGAGAAACUUUUAUUUUCUUCAGCCAAUGAUGCAAACAUUGUUGUAUGGGGAACAGGGGGAGGAGCUGUUGAAACUGUCAAUAUGGGUGUUCCUGUUUACUGCAUGACUGUUAAUCCCAGAAGACGCCAGCUUGUCUGUGGUAUCAAUGGAGGUGUACGAGUGUAUGCUCUAUAUGAAGAAACAGGGUCAGGCCACUAUAUUAAUGUGAAGCCUCUAUAUUUUGCUCAAGAGCACACAGACAUAGUCCGUUGCAUUAUAUGCCAUGAGUCAAGAAUAUAUUCAGCAGGGUAUGAUCAGCGUCUAAUAAUAUAUGACUCUUCAUACACGGGGGACAACAGCCUUAUACCUGUUUUUAAUAAUGUCAUUCACGAUGCUGGCAUUGCUUGCAUGGUUCUAGCCAAGGAUAAUGAAAAUAAUAUAUGGCUACUCACUGGCUCAUUUGAUAAAACAAUGAAGAUCUGGUCACUUGACGGCAAACUGAUCCACAAGCUGGACAGCUUCCUGUCCACGGUCAGUGGCAUCUGUUACAUCCCAAGGAACAAGACCAUAUGGGCAGCUGGAGGAACCUACCACGCUAAUAUGUAUGACCCCAAGUCAGGUGACAAUGUGUCUGAUUUCAUUGGGACAUUUGCUGAACAAGAGGAUGAUGAAAAAUACCAUUUACAAAUUCUGAAAUUUUUUCCUGAAUUCAAUCAAGUUGUGGGUUCCAGCAAUAGAAGACAUCUGAUAGUCUGGAAGUACAACUCUUCUGGGUGUAUGACCACACUCAAGUGUAAGGCAGCAUUGGAGAGUCUUAGUUACACAUCAAAGGUUCCACUUUUAAUAUUCAGUGGGGAUAUGGAUGGGACAAUUAUCAAGUGGGAGAGGAUGCAGUCCAACCAUUUCAUGUACAGCAAAGAGGUCUUCACCCCGAGUGAUUCCAAGAUCAAGAAGAAGAGACGAGCUGGCACCAAGACAAGGGAGAUGAUGCUAGAACAAGAGUACAACAACCAGCUGCUCAGUCGACCCAGCACACAGUCAGAUGGGGGGGUCAAGAGGGCACAAAGUCACUACGCCUUCAACAAACCAUCUAUUCCACCAAUUUCAUCUCACAAGCACCCAAACACAACCAUUUUAAAAAUUCUUUUUGUUGAGAGUUUGGACUACGUCAUAGCAGCCUCAGAGGAUAGCAAUGUUUAUGUGUGGGGAUUUGAUGAAGCAGCUGUACAAGUAUUGCAAGGCAUGAAGCCUCUCGACCUUGAGAUUUUAACCAAAAAAUAUGCUGUCCUCCUCGAUACAGAGUCAUCACUGCUGCCAGAAAAUUCUGUUUUAUCAACCGACAACGACUCUGUGACCAAUCGUGUGGCUGGUUUUAUCCUCAAGUACGUCUUGACUGAACACUUAAGCUGUGUAACAAGUCUGGUGCUGGUUGACAGGGAGCCGGGAGUAGAGGGGACCUACAUUCUCAGUGGUGGAUGGGACAGAAGAAUUUGCAUCUGGGACUUAGAAGCAGGAAGGUUGAAAGACACGUUCAAGAUUGAGCCUAAUGCUACCUCUUUGAUAAAUGAGUUAGCCUGUGAUGAUGUCAUUACUGACAUGGAUAUAAACCCUGAUAGGAUGGAGUUUGCAUAUUCCUGUGCUGACAAGAUGGUUUACAUACGCAAGUUUUCUCUGGUUGGUAGCAAAAUGACCUUGUGUAACACCCUUCAAGGUCAUGAUGGAGAGGUCACGUGUGUGAGGUGGAACAAGAUUUGCCAGAAGUGGGUCACAGGAGGGGAAGAUGGGACCAUUCGAAUAUGGUCUGGUCAAGGCAUGAAUGAAUGUGAGCAGGUUCUCUCAACUCAAGGUGGCGUCACCUGUCUAUGCAUUGACCGCGAGCAUGGCAGCAUCAUUGCAGGUGUCCAACGUUUCAUCAAAGUUUAUGAUGCUGAGCACUACAGACUGGUACAGAACAAUGUUGGUCACACUGAGACAGUUAAAAGUAUCAUUCACGUCACAGAGAGGCAUCAGUAUGUUUCCUGUUCUGCUGAUGCAACCAUCCGAGUGUGGAAUGCAUGGAAGAUGCCCCGGAGAAGGAACAGCCCAGUCAAACAUGAGAAAGAGAAGCAGCUGUUCUCCAACCUCCAGAGACAGCUGAUUGAGCUGGAGGAGUUUGAGAAGAGGGAAGAGGAGGAGACAGACAGACAAGGGAAUGAGGAGACAGACAGACAAGGGAAUGAGGAGACAGAGAGACAAGGGAAUGAGGAGUUUGAUGAAACUGAUGAUGUCAGAGACAUGGAGGAACCACAAGAAGAAUAACUCAGUUAACUAGUAUCAUGCUCUGGUUGUUUUAUGUUCUUAGCCAGACACAGUUACCUCCCCUUUUAGGCUAGUUGGGGGCAAGUAAAAUAUUGGCACAUACACAACAUCAAACUACACCAGCACAUAAACAUCAUCAAACUACACCAAUACAUAAACAACAUCAAACUACACCAGCACAUCAACCACAUCAAACUACACCAGCACAUAAACAUCAAACUACACCAACACAUCAACAACAUCAAACUACACCAAUAUAUAAACAACAUCAAACUACACCAAUACAUAAACAACAUCAAACUACACCAAUACAUAAACAACAUCAAACUACAUCAGCACAUAAACAACAUCAAACUACACGAGCACAUACACAACAUCAAACUACACCAACACAUAAACAACAUCAAACUACACCAACACACAUAUAACAAAAUCAGUUGUUAAUGCUAUCCAACUGGGGCAGCAAUCAAAUCAUUUGAUUUUUAUUUUAAAUACCCCACACAAAGCGCUUAGCAAAAUUGUUUGGGGAAAUCAUUCUUUCCCUGCAGCAAUAUGUCAUCCUGUGUAUAUGUUCACUGGUGUAUGUGCUAAUGUUUCAUGGCUGUAUGUGCUGGUGUUUCAUGGCUGUAUGUAUCGAUGUCAUGACUUCCUAUGUACACUUGAGAUAUGUGAUAGUGGCCCGGGGAAAUUUAAAUCCUGUUUAAUUUUUUCACAGAAAAUUUUUAUUACAGAAAAUAACUUGAGAAUGAAUUAUGAAACUUGAAAUUGGUUUUGUUUAUAUGUCUUUUAGUAAGUAAAGUUCCCUUUCAAACCUGAUGGUCUACUGGGCAAGUGAAGUAGUGUUCACUUGUUUCUGUGACCUUGGCAAAUGAAGGGAUAGUGUGGUCAGCACUAUGCCCAACCGCCUUUACUUUCCCUAAUGUGAGUUAGGUACCCAUCAGUUGGGUGGACUCAGGGACGGUCUACUGACUUGAACCUGGAUUUGAACUUGAUACUUACGGAUGGCAGUCCAGCUCUCUACCGCUAGGCCACUCCUUUAAAAUUUAGAAUUUGUAUAAAAUAAUUAUUUAGCAAAAAUUUACUGCUUUACAGUAUUCCUGUUCAUUGAGACUGGCUCAGCGGGCUGUGAUGAUAUUGAAGAGGGUUAGUUUUAUUGUCAAGUG